AUGGAUGGUGAUGAAGUCGACAAGAAUCACGAAAAUACGUCGAAAGCCGAGAAUAACAAUUUGUUCUAUGUCAACGGAAAGUCGGAGAAGGGGCAGAAUGGAAUUGGAGAGAUAAACGUCAACGUCAACGUGAUAAACACGCCGGAUUUGAGUCCAGAAAAACAUCUGAAAAAUGGAGAGGUGGAGGACUCCGAGAUAAGAAAAACCAAACGAUGGCCAACUGAUAAAGCUUAUUACAUUGCCAAAGAGCUUCUCAUGACGGAGAGAACCUACAAGAAGGAUUUGGAUGUUAUAAAUGUUUGGUUUCGUGAGGAAGUAUCACGGGAAUCUGAUCUGGAGAGUGAGCCAGCAGUUGGACUGAUAGAAUUACUUGCUGAUGCUCAUGGGCCAUGCCUUCAAGAGAUGGAGACACGUUUGGCACGGUGGGAGAGUAAUGCACGUCACAAUAUCGGUGAUUUUCUCUACAAUACACUUCUCAACGUUCUACCACUUUACGAUCAAUACUUGGAGAAUUUAAUACCGGUACUCGAGAAGAUGGAGUACUCAAUGCGUACAUCACGCAGAUUCGAUCAAUUGUGUCGUGAUUUUGAGUCACAGAAGUACUGCUAUUUACCAUUGACGUCAUUCCUCCUGAAACCACUUCAACGAUUGUUGCAUUAUAACAGUAUUAUUGAUAGACUAUUGGAUCAUUAUCCAAAGGACCACACGGAUUUCGAGGACUGUUUAGCAGCGAGGGAUAGACUUGGAGAAACACUUCUUGAAGGUCUUACUGUCUUGAAUCAAGCGGAGAAUCUCGUCCAACUCUGUGAACUACAGAGAGAUAUCAGUGGCUUCGAUAAUUUGGUGCAAGAGGGACGAAGAUUUAUCCGACAAGGAUGUUUACAGAAAUACAGUCACAAGGGAUUUCAACAAAGAAUGUUUUUCCUGUUCUCGGAUAUUUUACUCUAUACAUUCCGAACUCAACAACCAACUCAGUGUUUCCGUGUCCACGGCCAACUCCCUCUCAAGGGAGUGACGAUACAGGACGGUGAUAACAAGACGGGAACGGACUUUGUCUUUGUCAUCCAUGGCCAAGGGAACCAAUCUUUGACAGUGGCUGCAAGCAGCGAGGAGGAAAAGGCGCGAUGGUUGGAGGAUCUGAAUAUGGCUAUUCUUCAAAUGGAGAACGAGGGGAAGAUGCCGUAUUUGACAACGAAAUCGUGCAGUUCUGUCGAUGAGCUUGGUGGUGGUGGAAUUGACCUAGACCGUGGCAGCUGUGGUGGUGCGAAAGAUUCCCAGAGAAGUAACACAACUGUUCAUGUAUGCUGGCACAGAAAUACAAGCAUCAGCUACAGUGAUCAACUGCGAGCAUUCCAAAAUCAACUGAGUGGUUUUCUAUUGCGUAAAUUCAAGAAUAGCAAUGGCUGGCAAAAGCUGUGGGUCGUCUUUACGAAUUUUUGCCUGUUCUUCUACAAAUCUCAUCAGGAUGAUUUUCCACUUGCCAGUCUACCACUACUCGGUUAUGCUGUGUCAACGCCGUCUGAAAAAGAUAGCAUCAACAAGGACUUUGUUUUCAAAUUACAAUUCAAGAAUCAUGUCUAUUUCUUCAGGGCCGAGAGUGACUUUACAUUCGGCAGGUGGAUGGAAGUUAUAAGAAGUGCCACGCAGCAGAGUCACAUUCCUGUUAAUUUUAAUCGAAAAGAGAAUUAUUAA